AUGGCAAUGGGGGCAAAAUUUGCCCCCUCGUAUGCCAAUAUUUACCUAGGAUAUUUUGAAUUGUUCAAAAUAUUUGGGGACCUUAAUGAUUAUAAAAAGAACAUUAGAUUCUACACUAGGUUCAUCAAUGAUGUACUAAUAAUCUGGAAUGGCAGUAUAGAACAGAUGGAAAAAUUUGUUACAUCAUUAAAUAAUAAUAGUAUGAACCUAAAAUUUACUUGGAGCUGGGCAAGAGACGGUAUAAACUUUUUGGACCUUAAAGUAAAAGCAGAUAUGAGUAACAAGAUUGUGAGCAUGGAAACCUUUAGAAAGGAACUGGCAGGAAAUACUAUUUUAAGAGCAGAAUCUAAUCACCCUAAACAUCUAAAAAGUGCCAUACCUAAGGGACAAUUUAUGAGGCUGCGCCGCAACUGUAGUAGUGUAGAGGAUUAUAAUAGACAUGCAGACCAACUAAGAAAAUGUCUCAUUGACAGAGAGGCAAAAGAACCUAAAACUCCUGUGGCCAAACACUUUGCAACACAUAGACAAGGAGCAAUUUAUGAUAGAGCUAUGCAGGAUCAAAUAUUGACAUUGUUUCAGUUUCAAGUGAUUGAUCGGGUACCCAAGAGAAUUUCAGGGGGUGACAGAUUAGCAAAACUUAAUAGGAAGGAAGCCUUCUGGAUUCACAAGUUGGAGACCGGUUUCCCAAAAGGCCUUGUCGCAUAUUAUACAUCCAUAACAAUGAUUUUUGUUGGUGCUUCUCCUCUGAAAGCUGAAAAUGAGGAUUCCUCAAGAGAAGAAGCCACUACAGCCAUGUCACCAGAGAGAUCUGAUGAGGAGAUUAACAAAUACCUGAGAAAGGCACAUUUUACGACAGCAUCACAUGAGGAUAUUUCCUUUACUGAUUAUGGAGAUGUACCAGGGUGUUAUGAUAUUAUAAACUGGAUCCAAUCAGACAUCCCAGGGAGACUACAUCCUAAUAAAGUUGGAAGUUUUAACUCCUUAGUUCCUGUGGGAAAACAGCUUAAUGUCAAUGACAGUGUGAUCAUUUGGAGCCCUAAAUUAAAAACAAUGCCCACAUCAGUUUGUAAUGAAAUCUGUGCCCAUGGAUACAGAAAGGUUCCUUGGAAGGAAUAUCCUGCCUGCUGCUAUGGUUGUGUGCCGUGUGCAGAGGGAGAGAUCUCCAACACAACGGAUGCAGAAACCUGUAUAAAAUGUCUCAAAGAUCAGUGGCCCAAUGAUAAGAGAACUAUGUGCAUCAGAAAGACAGUUGAAUUCCUUUCAUUUGAGGACACAUUAGGAAUUGCCCUUACUUCAGUCUCCAUCUUUUCUUGUAGUGUCACGAUUGCUGUUCUUGUAAUUUUCUUUAUGCAUCACACAACUCCGUUAGUAAAAGCCAACAACCAGAACCUCAGCUACACCCUCCUCCUCUCCCUCAUGUUGUCCUUCCUCUGCUCCUUACUGUUCAUUGGACGUCCUGUGCAGGUGACUUGCCUACUCAGACAAGCGGCCUUUGGGAUAAUUUUUACUGUUUCUGUCUCUUCUGUCCUGGCAAAAUCAGUCACUGUUGUAAUUGCCUUCAAUGCCACCAAACCUAAGAGCAAAAUAAAGAAGUGGGUGGGAUCCCGAGUGUCCAUCCGUCUGGUCCUUGUCUGCUCUCUAGGUCAGACAAUGAUCUGCACGCUGUGGUUGGCUUUCUAUCCACCAUAUCCAGACUAUGACACUCAGUCUUACAUUAAGAAAAUGAUAUUACAAUGUAAUGAGGGUUCUGUCACUGCAUUCUACCUUGUGAUAGGCUACAUAGGAUUCCUUUCGGUGGUCAGUUUUUUUGUGGCUUUCCUGGUUAGAAAUUUACCCUCCAGUUUCAAUGAGGCCCAGAUGAUCACAUUCAGCAUGCUGGUGUUCUGCAGUGUUUGGAUCUCUUUCAUCCCAACGCAUCUUAGCACCAAAGGCAAAUACAUGGUAGCUGUAGAAAUAUUUGCAAUGCUGGCUUCUAGUGCAGGGCUGCUGGGCUGUAUAUUCAUUCCCAAGUGCUACAUUAUAUUAUUUAAACCUGAAUUUAACACCAGGGUACAUGUGCUAAGUAAACAUUAA